GGAGAAGGAGCUCAGGGGACGCAUAGAUCACAUCCGGGGUUGGUUUAUUCUAAUACCCAAACGUUCAACCCGGAAAAAAGUCUGGUCUUCUGUAAUCUGAUCGCACAAACAAAUAGACGAUAGUGUGAGAGUGUGGCGCACGCCGGUGAUCUGGAUCCCUCCCGUUUGGAAAAGUUGUUAAAAAGUUUUUUUUUUUCCUCCUGCUAUGAUCGUUGGAGUCGGACGCGUUUCUGCUCGCUGCGCGUCGGAUCGGGGCGCUGGCUGUGGCGCACACUGACUCUACAGCGUGAUAUGUGAUAGUGGCAGCAUGCCGUACGUGGACCGGCUGAACCGUGUAUGUGGCUUCCUGGACAUCGAGGAGAAGGAGAAAAGCUGCCGUUUCCAGAGGCGAUACUUCAUCCUGGACACACAGGGAAAUGUUCUGCUGUGGUACAUGGACAAUCCUCAGCAGAACCUGCCCAGUGGAGCCAGCUUUGUGGGCAGCCUGAAAUUAACCUACAUCUCAAAGGUGAAUGAAGCUACAGCAAAGCAAAAACCCAAGACUGAGUUCUGCUUCGUCAUAAACGCCGUUUCACGGCGGUACUUCCUUCAGGCCAAUGAUGCGACUGACAUGAAGGACUGGAUUGCUGCUCUCAACAAAGCCAGCAAAAUCACUGUUCCUAAGCCCUGCACCUCAGCGCCCCCCAGACCUGAUGUGACUGCUGUGAUCAGUGAAUCUCGGGGUGGGCAGAGACAGCAGGCUUACAAGACGGAGAUCAUCGGCGGCGUGGUGGUGCACACCCCCAUCCAGAACGAAAGCGAAGAGGCUGAAGUAAAGGAGAGGAAGGGAAACAGACCCGGCGUGUUGAGAUGUGGUUACUGUGUUAAACAAGGAAAUGUGAGGAAGAGCUGGAAGAGGCGGUUUUUCACCCUGAAUGACAACGCAGUCAGCUACUAUAAGUCUGAGACGGACAAGGAGCCUCUACGAGCUAUUUCACUACGAGACAUUCAGAAGGUCCACGAAUGUCUCGUCAAGUCAGGGGACCUCCUGCUUAGAGAUAACCUAUUUGAGAUCAUCACCAACUCCAGAACCUUCUACAUCCAGACAGACUCUCCAGAGGACAUGCGUGGUUGGAUCAGAGACAUUGAGGGGAAGAUCCAGGAAUUCAGAGGCCCCUUGAGGGGCGGCCCAUUUAAACGCGUCCCUUCUCUCUAUCAGAGUCACAACGCCUCCUGUGCAUCUCGUCAAAAGAGCGAUGAACACAGGCCCCCGCUGAUGAAGUCCUGCUCCAUGGCUCCGGGCUGGCAACCCUGGACCCCCGUCCCCCAGUGUGAGCCCUCCAUCCAGGACAUGGAGAAUGAAGACAGCGCAUUUAGCUCUCUGCCCACUCUCCCCUCCCUGUCCUCCUCCUCCACCUCCUCCUCCUCCACCUCCUCCUCAUCAAACUCCCUUUCCACCCCGACCCCUUGCCCCGGCACGUCUCAAAUACCUUCGACCAGUGGGCUGGGGAUCCUCACGGCAUCAGCAGAUGCUGCCACUGGGCGGAGGAGGCACCGCUCCACGCCUCAGCCUCCCAGCGGUUGCAGCUUCCCCUACAGCCUGGAUGAGGACGGCAUUCGCACAUCGGAUGUUUAGUUCAGCACCGUCCCUGCAGACUCCUGAAUGGACUCGAGUACUGGUACCCGUUUAUGAUGAUGAUGAUGAUGAAUGUGACUGGUACUGAUGAAGAAGAGACAGUGUAUGUCCACCUGCUUCAAAGCUUUGGUGAGAUGUUGGCGCCCUCUGCUGGUGUUGCAGCAGCCAGUGCAGAUGAAGGAUGCUUGAGGAAGGCAGUGUUUGUAGGUUGCAGGUCUGUGAAAAGAUUCUUCUGUAUGUUUUAGAGCAACUUCCUUUGAAAACUUGAAAAUUAUAAGUUGUAGAAUUGAAACUGAUGGCACAUGUGUUCAUCUUUUUGCACUUAUCUGUGUCCACCUGGAAAGAACCACCCUCCGCUUAAAGCUCAAAGACUUCUUCUCAGCAACUUGUAUCCGUAGAUUCUUCAUUUCAUCUGUAAUUUAAUUCACAUUUUAGAGUUUCUGUCACCUCACUCGGUGUUUAUUCAUUCCCUCUUUUCUGAAAAACACAUUAUUUUGACAAACCUCGCAUAAACUUCAUGUAACAGGCAUCUCCAUGUUCUGAUCUGGAGCUGCUACUCGCUUCAGCAAACUGUGAGUUCAUAGGAAGGUUUCAGCUCGGCACAAAGACGCGGUACUUGAUGUAAAACAUGUCGCCAUCUUUGUAAAUGUGGUGGUCUCACUGCAGCGUUAUGUAUUAUUUUGCCACUACUUUCUUUGGUGAAUGAACUAUAAUUCUGCACUUUUUUCAUUUGUUUUUGUGUGUUUUUUCUGUUAGAGCAGACAACUACAGCUUACACACACACACACACACACACACACACACACACACACACACACACACACACACACACACACACACAGUGUUGUUCCACCAGUAGUUUCCGUUCACGUGGUAUCUUGUUUAGUCCUGCUCAGUUCUAUGAAGCUGAGUGUACUUGUCUGCCCAAGUGUCGUUUUUGUCCACUUAUCCAUUAAAUUAUGUCUUUAUAAUUGUU